GUUCACUUACUGAUUUGCCCGGACGAAAUGCGAACAUGUGGCCUAGGCUCUAGGAACAGCCGCAAAUGUUCUCAUACAGGAAAGACAGAUUUUCGCCCGAUGAAUGGAAAACUGUUGCUGAAUGCCGUCCGAGUCCUUCGGAUGAGCAACUCUGCUUGGAGUCAAGCUUCCACUGCAAGAAUCCCAGUACGUUAUUACGCCAGUGCACCGAAACGGUUCUACAAGAAGACCUCCGUGCUGAGCGGCGACGGCGGUUACGAGGUGGUACUGGACCACCGGAAGCUGAAGACGCCUAAGGGCACUCCUUUUGUCGUGCGCAGCGAACCAUUGGCUAUUGCUGUCGCCACCGAGUUUGACGCUCAGAAGGAAAACAUCGAGCGCUCCCGUAUGCACAUAUCCGCCCUAUGCUUCACGGCCAUCGACAAUCCGAACAACCUCAGCAAGCUGGACAUGGUCAAUUACCUGCUCAACUUUAUAGGCACAGACACGGUGCUCUUCCAGUAUGACGACGAGAAGGACCUACAUGAUCUUCAGGUGAACGAGUGGGACCCAGUGAUUGCCUGGUUCAACCAGCGUUACGAGACAAACCUGCAAAAGACAAUGAACAUUACUCCGCCUCAGAUUAGCGAGCAGGAUAAAAUGAAGAUUGCGAAGCACUUCCAGUCCUACAGCCUCGAGACUUUGCAUGGAUUUAUCUUCGCCGUGGAUACCUUGAAGUCGAUUGUCCUGGCCUGUGCCGUUAUUGAGCAGAUGCUGACCGUGGAGAAGGCGGUGGCCCUGGCGCGUCUGGAGGAAGAGUACCAACUCAAGUUUUGGGGUCGUGUGGAGUGGGCACAUGAUCUCAGUCAACAGGAGCUUCAAGCACGUCUUGCGGCUGCCGUGCUCUUCGUACACCUCAACUGUUCGGAAAACUUCGUUAAGCAAAAGCUAAUUCUGUAAAUAAAAAUAAAAACUCCUCGUUGAAAUUAA